GGAAGGGGGCGAACGCGAAUAAUACACAGAUUUCGCUUCCUCAGGGUGCAAUCUUUGUCCACAGCGACGAUUCAGCGUAGCAAGACGUGCAAUUUGCGACAAAUGCGGCAAUCUAGGAUGUGAUGGCAGCUAUUUUGUCGCAGUACAGCACGACAGGCUUUUACAAAGCCCCGGUGAGCAAGGCGUUGAUGGGCUCGGUGUUCCUGGCGUGCACGGCCCUGAACACGCCUGCGCUGGCCCAUUUGCGGCCGUACCUGCUGUGCCGCAUCCCGGAGGCGUUCUCGGAGCCGUGGCGGCUGCUGCUGUCGCGACUCACCUUCCUGGACACCAAGGACCUGGUGUGCGGCUCCGUGCUCAUCUACUACUUCCGCAUUUUCGAGCGGCGCUUCGGCUCGCACAAGUUCUCGUCCUACCUGCUGGCCACCGGGCUGCUGGCCACCCUGUUCGAGGUGGCCGUCGUCAGCUCCAUCAGGCAGUUCGGCCUGCACGACGGCCUCCUCCCGCCGGGGCCCUACUGCCUCAUCUUCCCCCUCUUUGUCAACUUCUUUUUUGAUAUCCCGAGGAUAGUUACCACGCACGUCGUCGGCAUUCCCAUCACCGGGAAGACCCUGACGUACAUCUUAGGCUUGCAGGUGUGCUCCACCAGCUCUGCCAAUGCCGUCACAGCUCUUUGCGGCAUUGCUGCGGGGUUAGUUUGGCGGAGCGGCGCGCUCAACUGGCUCCGUUUGCCGAGCUUGGUGGCGCGGGCGUGUGAUCUCACCAUCGGGCGGCUGCUGCGCUCGCAGCCACCCUCGCAGGGCGCGCUGGGGGCCACGCUCGAGCUGCAGCGCCAGCAGCAAAUGGAGCUUUUGGAGCAGCAGCUCCAAAUCAACAGAGCUAGGGACCACAGAACCAGACACGGUCAGGGUUACGCGGAGACGCUGGUCGGGCCAGACCAUCACGGCGGCUGGCAGCCGAACCAAAACGAGGCGCAGCAAGCAGGGUUGAACGUGGCCGAGCAGCAGGAGGAGCAAGUGGCGCGGCUGGUGGACAUGGGUUUCGACCGGGAAAGUGUGGUGAACGCUUUGCGGGCGGCCAACAACGACCUCAACACGGCCACCAACCUGCUGCUGCAGGAGGGUUGAAACGAUCCACCCUCUGAACGAGAGACAGUUUAUGAUUAACUUUAAUUUAAACUUGAAAUCGAGCAUUGUUGUCUGUUUCGAAUUUUACUAAAUAUUAUUCCGACGUCGUCCCUGUGUGUGAUCAAUAAAAACUCGUAUAUACUGUGAA